AUGGCGCCUUCCAUCACCCUCAAGCUCGCGAAUCGGCAGCGGAAGCCACCGGUGAAGCGUCUUCCGCCCUCAGUCGACAUCCCCAAUGAGGCCACCAUUGAGGACGUCAAGAUGGCCAUUGCCAAGAAGGCAGGCGUCGGCGACUACAACCGCAUCGGCAUUUUCGAUCCUGAGACGAGCAAGAUCUUCAGCGACCGCAAAGCCCUGGUCAAUGCCCAGAGCAACGUCGUCUCGUCCAAAGCAUUGCUGGUGCAAGAUCUAGCUACAGGUCCUCAAUUCGCGUGGAGGACGGUCUAUCUGGUCGAAUACUUUGGCCCUAUCCUCUUCCACGCACUCUUCGUCUGGAUCCGGCCGUAUCUCAACAUUCCCUGGUUCUACGAAAACACCGACAAGACUCCCUUGACUGAUGUCCAGUGGCUACUGUUCUGGCUGUUCCAGCUCCACUUCCUCAAGCGCGAGUUUGAGACGGCUUUUGUACAUCGCUUCGCGGCCAACACCAUGCCCGCCUGGAACAUCUUCCGGAACUCGGCCUUCUACUGGGGCGAGGCUGGUCUCUUGUGCGCUCUCUCCAUCUACGCUACCUGGUCUCCUGCGAGGUUCCCCGCGGAGCCCAGGUCUGGCAUCACCACACUCGACUACGUGCUCGUCGCGCUUUGGGCCGUCUUCCAAGCUUGCAAUGCCAUUGUGCAUGUGCACCUCGUCAGCUUGCGCCCCAAGAACAGCACCGCCAAGGGCAUCCCAUCCUGCAUUGGUAGUAGCUUGGUCACCUGCCCCAACUACAUGUUCGAGGUCCUAGGCUGGCUCAUGGUCAUCCUCAUCAGCCGUGAUGUUACCGUCGUCAUCUUCAUCCUCACCGGGAUUAUGUACAUGGCGUCGUGGUCUCGCGACAAGGAGAAGGCCCUUCGCCGUCUGUUCCCCGAUGAGUACAAGAAGAAGAAGUACACUAUGCUUCCGGGUCUUAUCUGA